CUCCUGUCCCAUGCGGGGACAUGGUUGAAGGACGGGAACACGUUUUUUCCCUACUAUAUUAGGGUACUAACUUAUCAUUCUCAGCACUAUCGACCAAGAUCAGGAAAAGAGAAGAGAGAGGAACAAGAGAGAGGAACAUAAACGUUUUCCAAAACGAGAGGACUGAGUGAACGGCAUAGGGCGACCGGGGCCAGGGCUCCUUACUGAUCCGGUGUAAAUAUGACGUCUCUGUUCGGUUCAGCUCGCGCUCUGAACGCUGUUCUGAUCAAAGACAACCCGGGAUAAUAGAAAAAUACUCCAGGGACCUCAACACACACAAACACACACACACACACACCACAGAGCGCGCGGCACAGCACAAGCCAUCCAGCAUGACAGCGCUAGCAGCAGCGGAGGAGCUCACCACGGACGGGCAACAGAACCUCUUCAUCAGCAUGAGAUGAGGUCUAGAGACUUGUUAAUAAAGUUGUAUCGGUCAUUAAUUUAUCCAGCCACACUUCUACGGCCGCUCGGUCGGCACCUUCAGCAGAGGAGCAGCAGAUAUAAGACAGCGGACGGUGCUGGGAACUACUGCACUUGUGAAAAGAAGACGCACGGCGCACUACUAUCAGGGGGAAGUUGUGCGCAGCACCGGAGCUGGGGGAUACCUAUUUGGAAACGGACAGACGACGCACUGCGAGGACAACAAGCUGUGUUGUGUGUAUUGGAGUGUGUCUGUGUGUCUAGUUGGAGUGCGUAUUGCAGUGAAGGAGUGUGUGUGUGUGUGUGUAGCUGAAGCGAUUAAAAGGUGUUUUAAUCCUGGAACACGCAGCAGCGGGAUCGGCUUCUGUUUCACCUGGAACCCGCGAGACAACAACACAACUCAGGGUAGUGCGAGGUGACUCUGCGAGGGGAAGGCGUGCUCCCGGGGGGGUAGAAGCGAUGAACGCGCUGCGUAUCCCCGUCCUACUGGCGCUGCUGGUCCUACUGCUGACUGCUGGCUUCUGCAAACAGAGCUUCCUGGACGUGAGCAAAGGGGCGCGCACGGACGGACACAAUCUCAUGGAGCUCAUCAUGGACAAGGUGCGUCUGGCUCAGAACCAGGACCAGGUACACGUGCGCUACCCCGCCAAAAAACAGGAGUUUACCUUGGAGACCAAGGAGAGGAAUGAAGUGAACAAGUCUCACCAUGGAGAACACAUCAUAGAGGUGUUCCCCAGAGACCUGAGACAGAAAGAAAAGUUCCUCAAACACCUAACAGGUCCUCUAUUCUUUAACCCAAGGUGUAGGAAACACUUCUAUAGACUGUACCACAACACCAGAGACUGUACCAUCCCUGCCU